AUGAAAAGGAGUGGGUACUUGAGGCAUUACUCACUUGCUUUCAAUCCGAGCAACUUCACAAGAGUAAGAUGCAGUAGUGAACAGACAAAUAUCAGCGACUUGGAUGAUGCAGAUUUUGAGUUUCUUGACAGUUUUGUUGCUGUUGUUCUGGAUAUGCACAUUAACAGCAAUGGAUUCACCAUGAUGACAAACAGUUCGGAAUUCACAGAUGUACUUCAGUCACGAGAUCCGUGUGUUAGCAAUGGAGUAGUGAUUAGCAUAGACCCAAUUGAUCCAGAACCGACACCGAUUAGAAAAGAGUUCACUCUCGAAGACACAUUCCACAGUGUUCAUCAUGGGAAUUCCGAAGGAUUCAAGACAUUGACUGCAUUUCUGUGUCUCAUGCUCUCCGCAUUCCUCAAUUUCUUUUUGCUCACAGUAAUCCAUGACGUCGUUCCCCGACAACCACUCCCUGAUCUCACUUUUAUGAUAAUUCCACAACAAAGAUGGGCUUGGAGUGUUGGAGAUGUACUUUCCACUGUCAGCUCCGUCGUUGCAUUCACCAUCAUCUUUCUUCACCACCAACGUUGGAUUGUUCUCCGCCGCACAUUCCUCCUGGGAGCCAUUAUGUACGGACUUCGCGCUGUGAUUCUUGGCGUGACUUUCCUUCCUCCUUCGUUUCACAACAGGGACGAAAUAUGUCAACCGCAAGUGAAUAGGACUGCAAUGUAUGGGAUGGAGAUUGCGACUCGUUUUCUUACCUACGUUAUCACCCUGGGUCUCACUUCUGGACAAGACAAGAUUCUAUGUGGCGAUCUCAUGUUCAGUGGACAUACCGUUGUGCUUACUAUCAUGUACUUUGUCCAGUUGCAGUACACUCCAAGAGGACUUGUCCUUCUUAGAUACAUUGCCGCACCUAUCACUUUCCUCGGAAUCGCAGCUCUCGUCGUGUCAGGCGGCCACUACACAAUGGACGUGCUGAUUGCAUACUGGUUGACAAGUCACGUUUUCUGGUCUUAUCACCAAAUUUUUGAAAUGAAAAAGGAGGACAGACCCCAGGCGCCGCUGAGUAGACUUUGGUGGUUCUGGCUGUGCUACUGGUUUGAGGCGGAUGUUGCUGACGGGAAAUUGGUGAACAAAUGGAACUGGCCUCUGGAAGGUCCACAGAAAAUGCACGCUAUCAUGAAUCGGAUCAACCUCAAGUUGCAAUAG